AUGUGUGAUCAAAAUACUUACGAUACGCUUUCAUCUUGUGUAUCUUGUUAUUCUAAUGGAAACAGUAAUAUAAAAGCUGCAGACUUUAAGGAUUAUCAAAAAUCCUGUAAAACUUAUGGUUUUACAUUUGGUCCACCAAUUAAGGAUGAUUCUUCCCCAACUUCGAGUAUUGCAGUAAAAGUAUCAAUAGCAAUUGCUGGUUUCGUAUUUAUACUUGGAUGUGUCUUAAUUUGGUUUUGGUAUAAAAAGAAAUCUAAUUCAAUGAAUAAAGAUGAAGAAUUUAAACGUGAAAUCAUUUUAACAGAACAAGAAAGGUCUGCUCAUCAACCUCAUCCAUCAUCACCUAAUAAUAAUUCGAAAUCAUCAAAUCAAAGAUUAUCUAACAAUAAUAAAAAUUUGGCAAGUUGUAUGUGUGAUCAAAAUACUUACGAUACGCUUUCAUCUUGUGUAUCUUGUUAUUCUAAUGGAAACAGUAAUAUAAAAGCUGCAGACUUUAAGGAUUAUCAAAAAUCCUGUAAAACUUAUGGUUUUACAUUUGGUCCACCAAUUAAGGAUGAUUCUUCCCCAACUUCGAGUAUUGCAGUAAAAGUAUCAAUAGCAAUUGCUGGUUUCGUAUUUAUACUUGGAUGUGUCUUAAUUUGGUUUUGGUAUAAAAAGAAAUCUAAUUCAAUGAAUAAAGAUGAAGAAUUUAAACGUGAAAUCAUUUUAACAGAACAAGAAAGGUCUGCUCAUCAACCUCAUCCAUCAUCACCUAAUAAUAAUUCGAAAUCAUCAAAUCAAAGAUUAUCUAACAAUAGUACACAACCUCUGAAUCCAAGACUAUCAAAUAAUAGUUCUUCAUCACAGAAUCCAAGGUUAUCAAGUAAUAGUUCUUCAUCACAAAAUCAAAAUCCAAGGUUAUCAAGUAAUAGUUCAUCAUCAUCUCCGACUCAAAGAUUUUCAAGUAAUCCACAAUUACCAAUACAAAGGUUAUCAAGUAAUCCACAAUUACCAAUACAAAGAUUACCAAAUAAUAAUUUACAAAUAACAACUAGAUUACCAAGUAAUUAUUCUCAAUCAUCAUCUGAAAGGUACCCUAGCAGUUAUUCUCAUUCAUCAACUGAAGGUUUAUUACCUAGCAAUGAACCUAAUCUUCCAACUCGUCCAAGUUUAUAUACUCCUCCUAGUACAAUUCAAAUUCCAUCACAAUCUCAAUAUUUUGCUCCACAUUUUAAUAUUCCACCUCAACAAACUCAUUUUCUUCCACAACAACCUACUUAUUCACUAAUUCAACCAACUUCCGCACAAACUUAUACACAUCCACCUCCACAACUUCCUCAUUUUAAUAAUGGUAAUUCACUUCCUGGUCCUGAUCCCAUGUUUUCGAGAAUUCCUCUUCCCCCUCCCCCUCCUCCCCCUCCCCCUCGUAAUUAUUAUAAUCCUAAUAAUUAUUAUGGUGGUCAUAGUUAGAAUAUACUAUAUAUAUUACCAACGAGUAUAUAUUCGUUUUAUGUUAAAUAAUGUUUCUAAAUGUACUUUUAAUUUGUAUAAUAUUGUUCAACUGUAACUGUAACUUUAUCUUUUGUAAAUAAACUGAUUUAUAUUUUUAUAAUGUUAGUGUAUAAUAUUAGAGUCUAAUUCCAAACGGACUUCUAUUAGAACAAAUAAAGGAGGAUUCGUAUCGCAUUUAUUAUUCCGAAAUAAAUAAUUUUUGAUUAACUUGAGGCUUUUAUUAUUUCAUUUGCUAUUUCUUUGCGGUAGAAACAUUUUGGCUUC